UAGUAAUAGUAAUAGUACCUAAUAAUAAUAAAAAGAAAAAAAUAAUUAAUACUUAAAUAGAACAUUGAUUGUUAUUUGUCGGAACUCGGUUUAUUAAUGGCCUCGUCCUUUGCGUGCUAUUUAUCCCGUCAAAUGUGAACAACGUUUUGGCGUCCAUUAUACGGAUGUCUCUGAACAGCCCACAAGCACGGGUUUGGUGAUUAUAACAACUGUCGUCUGUGGCUGAUUUGGGUUCACAAUGACUGCCGAUCACUUCUGUUUGAAAUGGAACAACUAUCCUUUGAACAUGGUCACCGAGUUGGACAGCCUUCGCACUAGUGAAGACCUGGUAGACGUAACAUUGUCGUGUGAUGGACAGUUGUUCAAAGCUCAUAAAGUUGUGUUGUCUAUGUGCAGUUCUUACUUUCGAAAUGUGUUCAAGGAUAAUCCUUGUAGACAUCCAGUUGUAAUAUUGAAAGAUAUAAACCAAGAUGAUGUUCAGGCAUUGCUCAAUUUUGUCUACCAAGGCACUGUUUACAUAUCAGAGAAAAAAUUAGCAUCGUUUUUACGGACUGCAGAAUUGCUGCAGAUUAGAGGUCUUGCCGGUGCAGCUUCUACCAUCAAUACAGAUCUAGAGUCGACCAGAACGAGCUUAGAAAAAAAUAAUAUGCCUCCACUUCAGCAACUGUCUACUAAUAACAAUCAAGAUGAGAAAAAUGAUACAUCAACUUCAACUGAAAAAUCUGAUUCUCCCAAAUCUCCCAGUGAAAAAGUUUCUGCAAAGCGAAAGAAGUGUCUUCCAGUAAAAUUGAAAAAACAACUUGAUAAUGGCAUGGAGUUUAUGGAUGAAACAACUGGUAGUGAAACUGACAUACUGAGUCGAUUAAAAGUCGAUGACGAUGUAGAUACUGACUGUUAUAUUCAAGAAGAAGAAGAAGAUGAAUCUAAAGAUGAAUUUUGUGAUGAUCCUUAUGCACAAGGACCCGAUGUUGAUGAAUAUGAAGACAUGGAUUUAGUAAAAGAUGAAUUUGCUUCACAUUCAACAACAAUUUUUGACAAGUCAUUAAUUGCUUCUCGCAUGUUAAAUGAUCCUAAAGAAAUCCGCACAAGUACAUCUAGUGGUAUUGAUUUUGGUUUAUCUUCAGCACAGACAAAUCAAUGUCCAUCUGAACAAUCAUUAACAACUGCAGACCGUCUAGGCCGACGACCGUGUCCGCUGUGCCAAAAAGUGAUCUCCAACAAGUCUAACUUAUUAAAACAUAUGCGCAUUAGGCAUAGUGACGAAUACAAUCCAGCUGGUUGCAGUGUAUGCGGUAAAGUGUUUAAGAACAAGUACAGUUUACGUGCUCACAUUAAUAUCUACCACAAAGAGCAAUCUACUAAUACUACUCCCAAUACGAGUAAUCAAGGUGCAUAUCAAGUGUACAACAAUAACACUGUCCCCCAACAGCAGCCACAACAACAACACCAACAGCAACAACAGCAACAACAUCAACAAUCGGUUCCAGUACAGCCUGUACAGCCCGUUAACAGUUCUACUGGUUCUUAUCUCACUGGUUCAUCACCAGUCACUUGUUUUAACCAGUCUCCAAAUGCCACCUCAACCACCGGUGGCUACAUUAUACAGCAGCCUCCCACAUCGCCGUUCCUAAACAAAAUCUCAUUGGAUCUCCCAUCUCCAUAUCAGUUAACAAAUCAGGCAACGUCUGGGCCGCCUUUAUCACCACUUUAACCAUUGUUUCCACCAGCAUCAGCCGGUGAAUUUUUUGAUGUCGUCGGAUGCGCUUCACGCAUGACUCAUUUGGAGGUCUAAAACUUUAAUUUCAUCUUGGAGAUUGAUUACUGACUAAUUAAUUUGUCAUUAUUAUUAUUAAAUAAAUAUAUAUUAAAUAAUAUUUUUUUCUAGAAGGGGGGGUGGGCUUGGUUUGAUGUUUGGUAUUUUUACUGGUUUUAAUUCAUUAUUUUUAAAUGUAUAUUGGAAUACCCGAAGUAUAAUAUUUUUGUCGUUACAUUAAAGGAAAUGUAAAGUAUAUAUAAAGUUUUUAAUUUAGAAUAUAUAUAAUAUAUAGCGUGCCAAUAUUAUAAUGAUAAUAUGUAAUGAAAAAGAAACAAUCAAAUUAUGUUGUAUAUUUAAUAUUUAUUAAUGAAGUUUGCUCUUUAUAGCAGAAUCUAUUAUAAAGGCCAAACGAGUCUAAGACUGAAAAAAAAAUUAAUGAAACACCCUACUAUUAUUCGAAUAUUACUGAUGAAUAGUAUUUUUAGCUCAUAAUGUUUUAUAAAGCGUUUAAUACAAAACAAUUUUGUUCUCUGAAUAGGGAAAAAUCAUCUUUUACCUACUCUAUAGUAUUUCAAUUUAUAUUCUUUAGCAAUAAAAUAUUAUGUAUUGUAACGUAGUCAUAAUCAUAGAUGUAUAAGGUUAAUAUAUUUACCAAAGAUAUAGAACUGAUGAAUACCACUGACAGUUUUUUUUUUUUUUAAUUGUAUUCAGUCGAAUGCUGUGUGUACAUUUUUCACAUGGUUUUGUUUCGUAUGUUUUCUAUUUGUAGUAGGAAUUGUAUACAUCGCACAAUUAUCUUACUUUUGGUUUGCUACAGGAGUCCUAACAUUGUAUAAUUUGUUUACCUUUAAUAUUAAUAUUUAAUUUUGUCGUCAACGAUUUUUCACGGGUCUUUUUGUAUUAUUAAUUAGGGUUUUAUUUUGUGUAGUAUUUAACAUUGGUACGACAUUAUUUAUUUGGUUUAUUUCCCUUUUUUCCGCUUUUUAUUCUUAUUUUAUAACUUAGUGAAACAUAGUAUUUCUUUAUAAUUUUUUUUUUUUGGGGUUCCAAAGUGUGUAUUGACUGAUAUAGUUUAUAGUAUUAAAAUAAAACAAAAAGAAUGGAAAAAAUAUUCAUUUUUAUAAUAUAUAUAUAUAUAUUUUUUUUUUUCUAACAGAACGAGUCAUCUAAUGUUUUUUUUUAUUUAUACAUUAAAUAUUAAUAUAUAUUUUAUGUUCAUGUAUGAGUAAUAUUAAUUGUAAUGAAAUCAAAUAUAUAUUUUAUUUAGGCUAA